GCAGUCCUUCAACGAAGCAUAUUGAAGCAGCCAAUAUGGCGGACACCGGCAACUCGAGUCUGCCUCUCUCCACCCGUCCAGACUCUAACCCUAGUUCCAACGAUGGCGGCGAGAAGUCGACGACGAAGAAGAAGCCAGCCCCGAAGCGGUUCGUGAAGAGCCAGAUCCCGGUGGAGAUCCUGUCGGACCCGGCCCUCAACGCCGCCGCCGCCCUCCUUCCCUCCAACUACGACUUCGAGAUCCACAAGACCGUCCACCGUGUCGUCUCCUCCGCCGCCCGCCGCGUCGCUCUCCAGCUCCCGGACGGCCUCCUUAUGUACGCCCUCCCCAUCGCCGACAUCCUCCGCUCCUCCUCCGCCGCCGCCGAAGACGUCCUCGUCCUCGCCGACCCCACCUACGGCGCUUGCUGCCUCGACGACUUCGCCGCCUCCGCUCUCCAAGCCGACCUCCUCGUCCACUACGGCCACUCCUGCCUCGUCCCCGUCCCCUCCGCCCGCCUCCCCACGCUCUACGUCUUCGUCGACAUCCGCAUCGACGUCCAACGCCUCGCCACCGCCGUCCGCUCCGCCUUCCCCCCAUCUUCUAAACUGGCCCUUGCCGGCACAGUCCAGUUCGUUGCCGCCGUCCACGCCGCCAAAUCGAUCCUUUCCCCCGAGGGGUAUGACAUCACCGUCCCGCAGGCGAAGCCGCUCUCCGCCGGGGAGGUCCUCGGGUGCACGGCUCCCACGAUCCCCAAGAGCAGGGGGGUGGAGGCUCUCGUCUUCGUUGCAGACGGCCGGUUCCAUCUCGAGGCGUUCAUGAUUGCCAAUCCGGGGAUCCGGGCGUUCCGGUAUGAUCCCUACCUCGGCGUGCUCGUCUUGGAACAGUAUGACCAUGAGGGAAUGAAGAAGGCGAGGAAAGAUGCGAUCUUGGCAGCCAGGGAGGCCAGAAAUUGGGGUGUUAUUCUUGGGACUCUAGGCAGACAGGGGAAUACUAGGGUUUUGGACAGAGUGUUGGAGCACAUGGACGAGAAGGGGCUAGAAUAUUCAGUGGUACUGAUGUCGGAAAUUACGCCGGCGAGGAUUGCUUUGUUCGGAGACUCGGUCGAUGCAUGGGUCCAGAUUGCUUGCCCCAGGCUUUCCAUUGACUGGGGGGAGGGGUUCACAAAGCCACUUCUGACAGCAUUUGAGCUGGAGAUUGCUCUGGGGUAUGUUCCUGGUUGGUGGGAGAAGGAGAGGAGGGCAAAACCAAAGAAUUCUAACUGUGGAUGCAUGGUAAAGAAGGAGGAGAGCUGUUCAAUAUCUGGUGGUUGCGAGGGUGGAUCCUGUGGCUGCAAGUGCAACAGUUAUGGUGGAGAAACAGAUUAUGCAAUGGAUUAUUAUGCUCAGGAUGGAGGGGACUGGAAUAGCUCCUAUGUUAGGAAGAGGACUUCUACUAGUGAGACAAGACCCAGGAGAAAUAUUGGAACCGGAAAUGCAUAAAACGGUAGACCCGGUCUGUUGAGUGGGCUCAGAGCGUUAUCAGAAAACGGUCAGCACAGAUGGUCAAGUAUGGUCGGAGAGAUACCUUAGAAAGUAAAGCAAAGAUACCUCGCAAAUUCUCAUGUCCUUUUUUUUAUCAUCAUGACGGCAUUAGCAAACCAAUUCAAAGAACUCAGAUUCGAUUGAUUUCAGAUUCUAAAGGCAACUGUUUCUUGAAAGCUCGACAAAAUGCUUUUUUCAGGGAUGGAAGUUCAAAAGUUGGUCAUACAAGGCCAUGUUUAUGAUGAAUUUUAGUAUUGUAUUCUUAGAUUUUGUCUGAUUUUUGUAUAAUGCGUGCAUUUAUAUUUUUAGCAUCGCAGUAUUAACACCUACGAAACCUGAACCGGGAAGCUCCACUUGGUCGAAAGGAACCUUCAGGUUAGAAGAUGAAAAAUUCACCAGACAUUUCGAUUACCAGCAAUAUGCAUGUGCGGGCCUGUAUUGUG